AUGUACGCUGACAUUUUGUUUCUGAAAAUCCAAACAUGUGAACAUAUAACAGUAAAGUGGCUCUUACAUUGCAUUUCUUUUGCCCCAGCAGAGCAUACAGGCCUGUUCUCCUCAGUGACCCACUAUGGCUCCACAGAAAACUGCAGUGACCAUCAAGCAAACAGCAACGACAGCAACUGCAACAAGCAGAACUUAUCCACGGCGGCAGCAGGUCACUGGGUCGAGGCCGAUCCAGAGGAGGAGGCCAUUCGCAGGAAGCUGAAGUACUUCUUCAUGAGUCCAUGUGAUAAAUAUCACGCCAAAGGACGCAAACCCUUCAAGCUGGUCCUGCAGGUGCUGAAGAUAUUUGUUGUCACAGCUCAGUUAAUAGUGUUUGGCAUCAGUAACCAGGUGGCCGUUACCUUCAAGGAGGAGAACACAAUGACAUUCAAGCAUCUCUUCCUCAAAGACUACGAUCAAUCCUCAGAUGACUCCUUCGCUGUUUACACCCAGCAGGACGUGUACGACCACAUGUUUUAUGCGAUAGAAAAGUAUCUCACCUUACCAGAUAACACAGUAGGGCGCUACGCCUACGUCUACCACGUCGGAGUGAACGACAGCGCCCUCUCCCUCUGCCAACAGUACUACAAGAAGGGGCAGAUCGAUCCAGCCAAUGACACGUUCAGCAUAGACCCUCGCAUUGUCACAGACUGCAUCGGCGUGAAUCCUAUGUCCGUCCCCCACAAUCAGCUCACCAGCAGCUACAAGAACUUCACACUCAAGUUCCACAAGUUGAUUAAUGUAACCAUACAGUUCCAACUGAAGGCCAUCAACAUACAAACUAUUAUCAACAAUGAGAUCCCUGACUGCUACACUUUUCACAUUACAAUAGUGAUGGACAACAAGGCUCACAGUGGAAAAGUGAAGAUCUGGUUGGAAAACAAGGCGAUGAUGAGGGAAUGUAAAGACCCAAGUGUCUCUGGCCAUGCUGAGAGUUUCACGCGUGUGACGUUCGACGUGAUCGUUUGUCUGAUGUGCCUGCUGUCUCUGCUCCUAUGUGGACGCUCCCUGCUGCGAGGCAUCAUCCUGCAGCAGGAGUUUGUUAAGUACUUCAAGGAUACUCUGGAUCGUAAAGUGUGCUGGGCGGAUCGGCUUGAGUUUAUCAACGGCUGGUAUAUUCUUCUCAUCAUCAGCGACAUCUUCACCAUCACAGGCAGCAUCAUCAAAAUCUGCAUCGAAUCAAAGACUACGUCGUCCUAUGACAUCUGUGCCAUCCUGCUGGGGACCUCCACCCUUUUGGUGUGGGUGGGAGUCAUUCGCUACCUCACGUUUUUCCAAAAGUACAACAUCCUCAUCAUCACACUUCGAGUUGCGUUCCCCAAUGUGAUUCGCUUCUGCUGCUGCGUAGCCGUCAUCUAUCUGGGUUACUGCUUCUGUGGCUGGAUCGUGCUCGGACCGUACCACGUCAAGUUUCGCUCUCUGUCGAUGGUGUCGGAGUGCCUGUUCUCCCUCAUUAAUGGGGACGACAUGUUUGUGACGUUCUCGGAGAUGCAGGAGAGCAGCACUCUGGUUUGGGCGUUCAGCCAGAUCUACCUCUACACCUUCAUCUCCCUGUUCAUCUACAUGGUCCUGUCUCUGUUCAUCGCUCUCAUCACUGGAGCCUACGAGACCAUUAAGCACCAAACCCAGGAACCGAUCCACAUCACAGACCUGCACGCCUUCAUAGCCGAGUGUACAGAUGCACCAACGUCUGGCAAGUUCAGGGGAGUGGAGACGUCUCCCUGCUCCUUCUUCUGCUGCUGUGACAGAACAACAACAUAUGAAGACGUCCUGCUGGUGAACUGAGGAUGAACUUAUUAAGCUGAGUGCUCACCAGCCCCCCCUGCUGUCCAGCCGUGUGUAUUGCACACAUGUGGGCCAAACAGUCGGUACUGAAGGAGGAGUCUGGAUCUACUGAAGGAUCUACUCUCUUCCUGCUGGCACUUUGUGUUUGUUGAGAACUGAAGGACUGAACCUUUCUAAAUGAGCAUUACAGUGUAGCAUCGCUGACGACUACUGCACAAACAUUUCUGUUAGUUUUUAUUGUUUUUAGAACAAAAGUCAGUAUUUUUUUCUCUGUGAUUCUGCAUUGCUGAUACAGAAGCAGCACAAACUGCUGGUGCAGAAAUGUUACGGAAACUGUUUUUUUAUGUUCCUUUACUUGAUUUUUUUAAAUAUAUAUAUUUUAGAAAAUGUCAGAUUGAAGACAAUAACAGGUCCAGUUUUAUUUUGUAAAAUUCAUGAGAUGUAUAACUAAAAUGAAGACAACAAAGCUUCUGUGUAGAAGCUUUAUUUCUUAUGAAUUAUGAUCAGAAUGAUGCAGAUUCAGUAUAAUUUUUCUACAGCAUUUCCUGUUGCAGGACAGUGUGUGUACCAUGUGUUGCAGACACACUCACUCCACAGUCAGACUGUGUUGCAGUUGGUUUGUCCUCCAAAGCACUCCAAAGUGUGCACUUUUCUUUUAAAUGAUGCCAAAACACUAUGGAGACUGUGAUACUCCAUUAUAUGUAAGUUAAAAUGUUUGCAAAUCCCCUCCACCCUCAUCGCUGUAGAGAGAGAGACAACACUGAUGGCCAUUAAGAAAUCGGAUCUGACUUGAGUAGCCGGACUCUGGUUAGGAAACAAUGAUGAAAAACGAUGGCUAAUAAUGGCUUCUCAUUGUGACUCAGUUCUUUCCCGUUAACAUAAAGCUGUCUUGUCUAAAACAGUUGCUCUGUUGGAGUCCUGAACUAACAAGAUUUCUUUUUUUCUUGUACGCACAAAAGUUUGAAGAGUCUCAGGAUGAAGACUCCUGGUCCAAAAAAAGGACUGAAGUGUUUCCUCUCGUGUUCAACAUAUCAGCUGAAUCAUUUUUUAAGUUAAUUGUGCUGUACUAUAAUAGAUUUUAAAAGUGCCUGUUUUAUCAGUGACUUUAAAUUAAGGCUCCAUUACUGUCUUAUUGCUAAGAAGUGUUUCUGCUUGACUUCAGUGUUUUAUGUUGAGUUUUGGUGUUGAUGUGCCUGUACUGUACCUCAGAUAAACACUGUGUGAAUUGAUGUUCAGUCAUCUGCUUUGUGUCAUUUACAGUAUCUAUUGAUCACCGUUCAGUUCCUCAAUUAUGAAUUAAACUUUCUGGGUCACCUGUGA